UUGGCAGUGUGCUCAGAUUGGAUGGAUAUUGUUGUAGAGCGAUACGAUAUCAUGCCUGCGACCCGAUUGGAGGAGAGAAGUGAAACUGUACAGCAAACGGCCCAAGGCUGUAACAACGCCAAAGGAAAAGGCAGCUCUGCCGGGACAACAUUGUCAAUCAGAUGAAUUCCGAUGUCACUAUGAAUCACAUGUUCACUAUUUCGGACAAUGAAUCAGAGAACUCUGAUGAUGCAGCAGAAGCUGACCAAUCAAAGGGCAAACCAGGAGACGAAGUCACCUUGCCAGACAUCACACUGUCAGCGCCGGCACACGACCGACUGAGGUUAUACUCGGAUUCCCAAGCUUCUACGGGGAGCCAAGCGGAAGACGGCGACUUGCCCGGAGGAGCCGUGUUCGAUGAGGGCGGCGGGGCCGCCGAGACGCCGCCGAUACGCGGACGCUCGCGGUCGGCACCGCCUCAGCUGUGGGCGGCGAUGCGAUACGGACGGCAGCUGAGGCGCAUGAGCGACGAGUUCGACACCUUGAUGGACAAAGGGGACAUGAAGAAAUUGCAGAAAGCAGCAGCCUCUAAGUGGAUGCGUCCCUCCCUCAGCUGGUUUGCUUUCUGGAGACGCAGGGACUCUGACACCGAUGUAAACAGCAAUGGCUCUGGAACGGACAGGUCUGCAGACUAAUGGAGGGAAGGGAGGAAGAGUGGGAGGAAGAGAGCAGCGGGAGGGACUGCUCAAAGUUACCCAAAACCAGGGCAGAGACUGCAACUCAGGACCAGCUUGUUUAGAGCACAGGAGAAUGGGGGUGGGAGGGUGGGGGGGGGGGGGGGGUGUUUUACCAGCACUCCAACCCCCAGGUUGACAAAUGACUGUUCCUUAAGUAAACGCUAUGCAAAAAAUAAUAGGAAAAAAAAAGAAAGAAAAAAAAAUGGUUUUGGCUUUCAGACUGUUAUAUUUACGGUGGGACUUUAAAAUUAUUAUUUUUUAAAACCAACAGCUUUAAAAGAAAAAAACAAUCUUGUUAACUGACAAUCUUUCUUUCAAUGCUAAAUGGAAUGCAAUGGGAGGGAACAAACAUUUCCUAAGAAAUGUCCUACCUUUUAUAUGAAAAAUUUGCUAAGAAUUCUAUAUCAUAGGAUAAGAUAAUGCUAUGUUGCUGGGGAAGAGUGCCUAAGAAUAAACGGGUUGUGGAGUAUGAAUUUUCUGCACAUCAAAUGUUGAGGCCUCCCAAUGUAAAUACAUUUCUGAUACUUUAAUGACUCAUUGUAAAACUGGUGAAGCCUGCUGUGAACGAAAGGAAACUGUAAUUGUCUAUGUUUGUGUGCGCUCAUGUGUUUUCCUAACCUAUGACAUGCGUUAGAAGACUCUGGUCACAGUCUGGAUCCAUAUCAAUUUUACUGGUUAAGAGCAACAGUCCAGCAUUGCCAGUACUGAUGGAAAGUAUGAGCAGUGCAGACUGUGUGCCACUAAUACAGCUGCCGUGUCCAAGAAUAAACAUAAUUAGCCUAUCUCCACCCAAAAAUGUGUGAUUUCAAAUGGGGUUUAGUCCUCCAACUCCAUUCAGCCUUCUCUGGUUAAUACAGCUGGGGAGGGUUUACUGUACCCCCCCCCCCCCCCCCCCCCCCCCACCACUUUCAGUUUACAGCACUAAACUUUGCUUUCUUGGCUGAUUUGGGAUUUAAAACAUUGGCUGUGUAAUUCCAGGAUGUAAUUCUAUUUUAAAAUUUAAAAGAUAUUCAAAGUUCAGGCCCAGGCUGUAAAGCGGGAGGAUUGGAUGCCAUCAGUUGGCCUAGAUUAGGGCUGAUCAGGGUCUGUGAAACAGGUAUUUCCUCACUGCGUGGGUUUCUUUCACUUCUGGAUGUUGGGGUCCCCACAUAAACAUGCAAUCUGUGCACCCCUUAAAGGAUCCAACAUGACGUGUGACACGAGUCUUGCUCUUAUCAUUUAAUAUUACUUGAAACUGGUGUGUAUGGGACUAAAAUCUUGAAAAUGUAUGCUUUUUUAAAACUUUUGUAAAUGCAUUUUCUUUAUAGGUGUAUGGUAAAAUAAAGGGAUUUCUGACUGUAAA